AUGCCCGGCAGCGCCGAGAUGGCCUCUCCCUCGAAGACCAGGCGGCGCAACCAGGACGCGGAGUCGCAGGGUUUGCUCAUCAACUACCGGGACGUGGUGUGCGGCGAGGACCUCUGGGACCACGAGGAAUACCUCGCCAAGGUGUGCACGAGCCGCUUCCUCGCCCACCCGGCCUUCAAGUUCACCGUGGCCGGGCUCGUCCUCGCCAACGUGGCGGUGAUCGCCAGCCAGGCCAUACCGCGGUUCAAGGGGCUGGACCUGGGCAGCCUUCCCUAUACAGAUUUUAUACUCUGCUCCCCACGUCAGCCCCACGAGCGCGGAGCGCAUCUCGUCCCCUCGUUGGCAGGCGAGCGACCCGCUGCCACCCUGCUGCCUCUCCCGGGCCGGGACCGGGGCCCCGGCGAUGCUCUUCAGCGCUUGUCUCCGUCCUCUCUCCAGAUCUACUUCUCGCUGAGCACCGCCAUAGACAACAUCGUGCUGACGGUCCUCUUCUUCGAGGUCCUGCUCAACUGGUACAAAGGUUUCUGGCUGUACUGGAAGGAUGGCUGGAACAUCUUCAACUUUUUCAUCGUGGUCUACCUGUCCAUCAGCCCCCUGAUCCCCCCGCUCAACGACCCGAAGAUUUUACAAAUCCUGAGGGUGAUGAGGCUGCUGCAGGUCUGCAUGCUGGUCAAGGGGCUGGCGAGGAUGAUCCGCGUGAUCUUCAAGGCCAUCCCCAACCUGCUCAACAUCAUGUUCCUGCUCUUUAUCCUCAUGCUGGUCUUCUCGAUGCUCGGUGUCAUCCUCUUCAGCAACAUCAUCCCAGCCCACUUCGGCAACCUGGGGAAGGCCCUGUACUCGCUCUUCGUCUGCGUCACACAGGACGGCUGGCUGAACAUCUACCAGGCCUUCGAGAAAGAAGGGCAUGCUGUGAAAAUAGGGGGUGCCAUUUACCUCCUAGUCUUCCUCACGGGCGGGACCUUCAUCUGCGCCAACCUGCUGGUGGCCGUGGUGAUGUCGAGUCUGGAGGAAUCUUUGAUCACUCACGAGAAGAAGCAGCAGAAGAAGGAGCAGGGGGCCAGCCUGGCUGCUCAGCCCUGCCUGGAGCUGGUCAGCGAGGAUGUUGACAUGGACCCUGAGCUUGGCCUGACGCACUUCAAGGCAGUGAUGUGGGACAAGGCCCCCAUGCACAACCUCCAGGAGCCGUUCACCUACCACAACCUGGCCAACCUGAGCAAGGAGGCCUUUAAUGAUUUCUGCCUCCUCUUGCAUUCCAUCCGGGAGAACCUCAGGCACUACAAGGAGAUCCGGGAGGAGCUCAACACGAUAGUGGAGGAGGUGAGGUCCAUCGAGUUCAACCAGGCACAAGAGCAAGAGCUGAUUCUGCGGAACCUGGUGAACAGCUCGGACAACUCUCACUCCAGCGAUCGGUGAACGGGAUUGACCCCGAGGACACGCAGCACACGCUGUACCGCAAAGGGGCCGCGAAGGCAGCCUCGCCGACGCGCCAGCCGCAGCCGCCCCGAGCUGCCGGGGUGCACGGCGCAGACGCGACC